ACGUUCAGUUUGUAAUGUCAGUACUGUUUUUGUUUGAAAGCGUAGAAAGUUUCUCUCCGAAGUUUUUCUUCUUUUCGAAACAAUUCCGAAUCCGAAGGACUGACUGAUUUCGUCCCAUUAUCAUCCAUCACCAACGACUGAGAUUCUCAUCCAUUGAUCCACGAUACAACGAUCAUUCAGGAAGUUAUUUCCGACUGAAAGAAGAAGAAAAAAAUCUUCGACGAUCCGCUGAACAAAAAGAAAUCAAAAUGAACAACAAAAACGGUGAAUUGCAGAGACCGACAAAUGAACAGCCAAUUAUUUUGAAAUGCUGUUCAUCCCGCAACCCACCAGCCACCGAUAUCGAACAAUAUCGAAAGAAGCUACAAGAGAAGCGCGAACAACUGAAGAAUCUCAAACUGAAGAUAUCGCAACUGAUGGCAAUCAAUGCACGGCUACAGAAAGAGCUGAAAAAACUGAAAUCGAUGAAUCUGAAGCGGAAACGGGCUACGGUGCACAUAAUGCGAUAUUUGGAGCAAAAUUUUAUGGUCAGAGGGAAACGGUCGCCGCAGUACGUUCGACGCAAGGCGAAAAUUCUGUACAACUUGCAGCCGUAUCGAUAUCUACUGGUGCAGGGAUUUGGCUUGCCGGCAACUGAGCGAAUUUUGUUCAAGCGAAUUAUGAAAGUAUUUAAGAAUUGCGUUUAAGACACGCAGGCGAAGACUUUUUUUUUAAAGAAAAAUAUAAAUUAAGUUUAAGUGAAGACGAAGAAAU